GGGCCGGCCCCGGCCGCAGGCAGCCCCGAGAGCGGCCCGGCCCCGGCGGGCAGCGCGGCCCGGCCCAGCGGCAGCCCGGAGAUCUGCUGGGCGCUCCCGGACACCAGCCACGUCAGCCAGGAGGACCUGACGAGCCAGGUGGGAGAAGUACUUCUCUAUUACUGUUACUGUGAGGUGAGGGAUCCAGAGAAACUCUGUGCUUGGCAAAAGGCUUUGUGUCAGCAUCUGCAUCUCACUGGCAAGGUACGAGUUGCUUCAGAGGGGAUUAAUGGGACGGUUGGUGGAAGCAAAGUAGCUACCAGUCUCUACAUUAAAGUUAUGCUUUCCCAGCCUCUGUUCAAAAACAUUUUGUGUCAAGAGGAUUUCAAGAGCAGUGCAGGAGGAGCUCACUGUUUCCCAGACCUCAGAGUUGGAGUAUUCAAAGAAAUUGUACCUAUGGGCAUUGAUCCAAAGAUAGUGUCUUAUAAGGAAACUGGAAUCCAUUUAUCCCCUCAGGAAUUUCAUAGAGAAGUAGAACAAUAUUUGUCUCAGGCCACUCAAGGACAAAGCGAUACCAUCUUGCUGGACUGUAGAAACUUCUAUGAAAGUAAAAUAGGACAUUUCCAGGGCUGUCUGGCUCCAGAUAUCAGGAAGUUCAGCUAUUUUCCAAGCUACAUAGAUGAAAACCUAGAGCUUUUUAAAGAUAAGCGUGUCCUGAUGUACUGCACAGGAGGGAUUCGUUGUGAAAGAGGCUCUGCUUACCUCAGGAGCAAGGCAGUGUGCAGAGAGGUUUACCAGCUAAAAGGUGGAAUUCACAAGUACCUAGAAGAGUUUCCAGAUGGAUUCUACAGGGGGAAGCUGUUUGUAUUUGAUGAUCGUUACGCCAUUUGUUCCAAUGAAGAUAUCAUCUCAGCAUGCAGGUACUGUGGGGUGCUGUGGGACCAGUAUAAACUUUGUUCCAGUCAGCACUGCCGGCAGCUUGUCCUGACUUGCCCAAGUUGUUGCAACAAAGGUCUUACAGCUUGCUGUCCUGUUUGUCAAGAGAAGACGCUCAAGGUGACCUCAAGGGCUUCAGGACAGACACUUAAGGAGGAAUGUGAAUGCACAAGGAGGCGGCCAAGGGUACCAAUUGAACGUGUCUCACCAAGGAUGCUGGACACAGGAAAGGAUUAAGCUGUUGCAUUGGUUAAUCUGGCAUAUGCUCAUGUGAAGGGCUUUUGUUACCAGUUCUCUGUCUGUUAAUCAGUUAGGUUUGGAAAUUAUGAAAAUAUGUUGGCUUGGAAAGUCUUGUUCAUAUGCUGCCUUUAAACAUAGAAUAUGCCCUGAAAACCAUCCAUUACUUGCCUGUAAAUUACCAGAGUGCCCAAUCCAUCACCAGCACUACAGGAUUCCUCUCUCUGGGUACAGUCUUGUAGUGUGGCCUUUACCAUGGGGAUUUUGGAGCAGAGUAUCUGCAAUGUGACAGAGCUGCUCACAAUUCAAAAGAAACUGAAGGAAUUAAAGAACAAUUCCAUUUUUUCUCUUCCUGCAUGGAGAUCAACCUAUCUGACCUCUCCAAGGAUCGUGCAUCUGCUUCAAUAGCUUGUAGUGAGGUAUGCAAACAGCAGAUUUAUCAAUUUGAUGUGGGUAUGUAACCAGACUAGAUCCUGAAGAUAUAUUCCGUAUGCACACCAUUAACCUGCAUCUCUUGCUUUGUAUCAGUGAGAAGCAAGGUGAAGUUACCUGAAAUAACUGGCUUAACUUUCCUGUAAAACUGGCUGAAAGCAGCAGGAGGAGCUGGAGCAAAGGCCCAGAGAUACUGUUUGCCCAGCAAUACUUGUGUGACCUGCAGGAUGAACAGCAAACCCAGUCUUCUUUCCAGUGCUCAGUCUCCCUGGGAACUGUUUUUUCUUCUCAGCUUGUCAGUGUAUGAAAUAUGCAGGGCUCAGCUCUGCUUGCACUAAAAAAAAACUGACAGCUUUAAGCAUGUUGGAACAAGGACACAAAGGGGAGCACAGAGAUUGUCAAAAUACCAGUAUCAUGGCACUGUAAGUGAUGCAUGUGUGCAUAAAUGUCAGCAACAGCUAUGAGGAGAAUGCAAGAUCCUUUAUUCAAGUUAAAUAAUUCAAGUUCUGGGGAGCAUUUGUGCUUUUUAAGCAUGAGUUGAGUUUUUUAAAAGCUACAAGAUGUUUAUGCAAUUUCCAGCACUUGUUAGUGUAGAAAUUGUCUUUGAAGGGACCUCCAGCAGAUGAGAUUAAAAUACUGCCCCACGUGCUGUAUUGUGUGCCUGAUGCUGCAGAAUGGUACAGAAAAGAUUUAUUAAUAGUGUGGAAGAUGUGUCUUGACUGAAAAAUGUCUGAAAUUUACUGUCCUUCUGGGAACUAAACGGUAAAUCUUUAGGAUAUCAAAGUCAGUAGGUUUGGAGUUUUUUACUGGCAAAUGCUUUUAAAAGCAAGAAAAUAGAUUCUUAGGGUUCUGCAGUUGCUUAAUGACAGGGCUAUGUUAUUUUCAUUUAGAUUGUACCUUUCUCUCCAUGGUGCUAUUAAUUCGGCAAGGCCUCAUUGUUGGCUUGACUAGGAACUUAAAUACAUGGACAUCGGUUCCAUUAAAGCCAUGACAAACAUUUCUUCUUGCUUCCAGUAUUGCUAUCAUGAAAUCAACAGUUCACCAACUGUCCUCAUGACAAUUCCAUUAAUGAGGCAAAACCCUGGAGCUUAGGUGUCUUUCUAGGAUAGUAUUUAAUAGUAAAUCUCUGAGCGACCCAUCCUUGAGAAGAAAUUAGAAAAUUCCCAUCAGUAGACACCUUUAGCAGAAGUCUGAGCAGUGCCAAUGUUUCCCUGGCUUCCCAGUCCCUGCUGGCUGGUUAACCUCUGUGGUUUUGAGGACUGGAGUAUUUGUGAAGAAACAUGCAGGCUCUACUGCGGGUCUGGUCUAAAGCACUGAUGGGGAGUGCCCCAUGAUCUUCCUGUCUUAGGCUAAAAAGAACACAAUUUUGUAAUUCACUCUAUCAGCAGGUCUGGAACACUGUAAUCAAUUUGUAAUGCUGUUUCUUUAUCACUUAUCAGUACAGGAUGGCAACAGCUAUAUUUUAUAUGUAAAUUUCUGAAACAUCUAUGAUAAAUAACCUUUAGUGCUUCCAUUAUAAUUUUUUAAGUCCUGCACAAAUACACUUAACAUGUUAUGUUGGAGCUGCUUGAUUCUGUAGAGAUAAACACUGAAACCUAGUCUGCCACAUGCCAGACCUGGCUACAAGAUACAGUUCUUCUGAGAGCUCCUCACAGCAGAGAUUCUACCUCAAAGGCAGAGCCAUGAGGCCUCUUCUGGUCCUUGCUGCACUAAGGCAAGGGAGGAGGAGGAUUUGUUAUGUACAGAUAGAAUCCCAUAAAGCCGUGUUCUCUCUGCUGCAGAGAGCAAAGAAGGGGAUAAGAGACAGUGUUAGUCUGUUUCUUGCAAGUCAGCCCGUAAGGGGCUCUCUGUCCUGUUUUCUGGGUUAGUUUGAUCAGAUUAAUACAAAUAAGGAACUUGUCAUGUGAAAAGCUAUGUGGUGGCAUCCAGGCAUCUCAGUGGUAAUGCCUGAGAGAAGGCACAUGGGCUCCAGGAGAGGGAAGAUUUUUCAGCAGGAUGGGCUGUAACUGCCAGAUGCUGCAGUCAGCAGAUGGCUUUUCCUCCCUUUUCCCAGAGAGCUGCUGGGCCAAACAGGAAUACAUUUUCUCCCAAGUAUCACCAUUUUGUAGCUCCACUGCUGCACAGCUUUCACUAUAUGGCCUGAUGCCUUAGCACUACAUCCUACAGCAAAACAGCUCUGUGAGGAUCAGCCAAGGAACCUGGAAUUAUGCCGACAGCUUAAUAUACCUUUGGACUGCAAGGUUAAUAUGGUUGCUGCUAUGGUGAAACACACGACAAAGUUCUUAACUUUUUGUUGUUGUUGUUGCUGUUAAGGGCUGGAGUAGUAUCCAUGGUCUCCCUGGUCUGCAGAUGCAUCUCCUUGCAUGGCUGUGCUUCUUAGUACCACCAGAAUUUUUCAGGAUAAGAUUCAUUUGCAUUCUGAAACCAAGGGAAGAGCUGAGCCUGUGUCAUGCAAAUCUGAGUGGAUGACUCGGCU